UUUAGGCUGCCGUCUCCCUGCUCUGAACCAGAACUCUGACGGAACUCUAAAUAGAACACCGGAAACCUAACAAACCUCACAUCACAGAAUGUCUAAUAAGUAGACGGGCUCUGCUCACAUGCUACUCUGUAGGCUGUGUUAUCGUGUAACUCACCAAUGAGAAACGUAGUCGACGGCCCAAUAAGAGAAGGGCUUUUACCUAUUGCGCUCCUGUAGUUUCGAAGCUUCGCACAAGUUACCUCAACAUGGACACGAUUUUUCACGAAAAACAGGAGGGCUCGUUAUGUGCCCAACACUGCCUGAACAACCUACUACAAGGAGAGUAUUUCACGCCAAUAGAACUGUCAUCAAUUGCUCAUCAAUUGGAUGAGGAGGAGCGGAUGAGAAUGGCAGAGGGUGGUGUAACUAGCGAAGAGUACAGAACCUUCUUGCAGCAACCCUCUGGCAAUAUGGAUGAUAGUGGGUUUUUUUCGAUUCAAGUCAUCAGUAAUGCUCUUGGAGUGUGGGGCUUGGAGCUGAUCCUCUUCAACAGCCGGGAAUACCAGCAAUUAAUGAUCGACCCAAUAAAUGAGAAGGCUUUCAUAUGCAACUACAAAGAACAUUGGUUUACAGUGAGAAAACUUGGACAGCAGUGGUUUAACCUGAAUUCACUGUUGACGGGACCAGAGCUGAUAUCGGACACAUACCUGGCUCUUUUCUUAGCACAGUUACAGCAAGAAGGAUAUUCUAUAUUCGUGAUCCGAGGAAACUUGCCGGAAUGUGAGGCAGAGAAGAUUUUGGGGAUUGUACGUGUAGAACAGCAGCAAAGGCCCAAGCUGAUUGGUGAAGAUGAUGCACAGACAAGUGGUGCCCAAAGGCCAACCUUGAAAGUCAAGGACCAUGGACUUGAAUUGGAGGAGAGAGUGUUGGAUUCAGAUGAAGAAGAGUUAAGGAAGGCCCUGGCCCUGAGUCGACAGGACAUGGAGGUGGAAGAUGAGGAGGCUGACCUCCGUAGAGCUAUCCAACUCAGCAUGCAAGGUGCAGCUCCUAGAACCUCCUCCACCAUACCUAAAGAUGGCAGUGUUCCUGUAACAUCAGGAGGCUCAUUGUCCACAGGGACCAUAGGUAGUCCACGGGAGAACAACCUCAGCGCUGAAGAGUUACGCAGGAGGAGACAAGCUUACUUUGACAGGCAGUCUCAGCUCCAGACACAAGUCACUGCUUCACAGCAACAGGACAGUAAACCCACAGAUGGCCAGUAGCAGAGACCAAAUGCCAAGGAGUGACGUAAAAGGUUGUAGUUAUGGUUGACGCCUUAGGUUGAUGACUACACCUAUUUUACUGAACUGAUGUUUGCAAUUUGGAGCUGAUUCGCUCUGAUUUAAACCUGUGUGUGCAAAAGAAAGAAAGAAAGAAUGGAUAAAUGGACUUCUACACAGUGGAAGAAUAUUUUAUCUGCUGAAUAUACUCCGAUUGUGAUGGACAACAGAGCUGGAAUGGACAAACCAAUUUCGGGGGUGACCUUUCAAGUCUCAGUAAAACCAGUUGUUUCUGUAUAAAGAGCCUAGUGUAACAUGACAGGAAAUUCACUUAUGUCCCUCAAACCUGUACUGCUAUGCUGUCCUCCCAAUUACAGUCAUUUUUUAUGGUCUUGUCCUUGCUUUGAGUAAAUUCUUUCUUCAGCCAUUUCAUUUUGGAAGCAUAGAGGGAGGCCUUGCUCAACAUUUGACAUUUUGCCGGGGCCUCUCUCAUGAGUAGAGAUAUAAGUGAACACAGUCUUAGGUAGUUGAGUUAGCUGGGUUGAACCUUGAAGAGGCAACUGUGGAAUAUGUAAAGUACCCCUCUUCCAUUCUCUACUGUUCGGUCAGCCAUUCAGUUAACUGUUACCUUCCCAAUGAGGGGUUGGCAUUGAUGCUUAGAUAUAUUUUGACCAAAUAGGGGUUAGCAUUGAUUGUCAGAUGAAUUUUGAUGCAUUGAUUUUCUAACAAACUGUGUGGUUCUGUUAUGAUUAAUCACAGAAAUAUGUUUUUCUGACAAAGAAUUCUGAAACAUUUUUUUUUUUUUUUUCUGCCUUUUUUCCCCUUUUUUUGGUAUGAUGGAUGAGGGCAAAGCAUAAAAGUAGGCAGAUCUAUCUAAGUACCAUUCUACUUAGGAAGAAAAGUGGUGAACACGGGGUUGGCUCGCAUGUAAACUUUAUUUAACCAAGCUACAGUACAAAGAUAUGAUGAAUUUGAUGUUAAGGUCUCAAGUUAACACAGGAAAGCUUGACAGAUGGCAACAGAUAAGAAAUGCUUUAUGUAUUUGAUAUUGCAGCUUGAUAAAAUGCAACAGGUCAUACCAUUUUUAAAUUCAAAUUUACAAUGUUUUUUUUCUGCAUCUACUGGUCACAAUCAAAUGUUUGUCAUUAUUUUUAUGAUUUUGUGGUACUUGAUGUCAUUUCUAUUAACUCCAUACAGUUUCUGCUAAUUAAAAUUCUUUUAUCCAA